AUGGUUGCCGGUGAGCUCGUGCAGGAGCAUUUACGCGCAGAUACUGGCGCACCUGACGACAUCACGGUGUGCAGGAAGACCGUGGAGCUGCAAGGAGCGGCUGCGGAUCUGGGACACGGAGCGGAGCGGAGCUACGAGCCAGCCUGCACCGAUCAGGAGCAGGAGGCGCCGCCGGAUGAAAAGGAGGUGAUGCUGCCGAACGGAGGAGGAGAGGAGGCGGAGGAGAGGGACGGGAAGAUGCCGGAGACGAGACUAUACCGGCGCCGGUUCGCCGUGCUGACUGUGUUCAGCCUGUACUCUCUGGUGAACGCCUUUCAGUGGAUCCAGUACAGCAUCAUCACCAAUGUCUUCAUGAGCUUCUAUGGAGUCUCCAGCGACAAGGUGGACUGGCUCUCCAUCGUCUACAUGGUCGCUUACGUGCCGCUCAUCUUUCCUGCCACCUGGCUGCUGGACCAGAAAGGUCUGCGGCUCACGGCCCUUCUGGGCUCCGGCCUCAACUGCGCCGGCGCGUGGCUGAAGUGCGCCAGCGUGAGUCCGGAGCUGUUCGGAGUCACCAUCACCGCGCAGGUCAUCUGCUCGGUGGCACAAGUCUUCAUUCUCGGCCUGCCGUCCCGCGUCGCCUCGGUGUGGUUCGGACCACGAGAAGUUUCCACCGCAUGUGCUACAGCUGUGCUGGGCAACCAGGUGGGGAUAUGGGGAUAUGCACGUGCCAUCAUUUACCUGUCUGAUAGCAAGGUUAUGGUAGUCAAUCUGUGCCAAAUUAUGUGUAAAAAAUUGUCUCUCAAAAUAUACAUUUAGUAAAAAUUCAACUUAAAAAAAAAACCUAAAAAAAAUUCAAUAUAAAAAAUCCAGUGUCAAAUAUAUAUAUCCAGUAUAUCCAGUGUUAAAUAUAUAUGUAUGUGUGUAUAUAUAUAUAUAUAUAUAUAUAUAUAUAUAUAGCAGUCAUGCAGAAUCUAUGAUGAAUCAAGCAUAAAUCUCAAAGAUAGGGAGGAUAUACAUCACUACAGAACAACAAACUGUACAAUAUGAUAUGUAGUGACUGAUGCCUGGUCACUGGAGCAAUUACAAUGCUACACACUCUAGCUGUGUUUAUAACAGUACUAUUAGUGUGUAUAACAAUAGUGCCAGUGUCUACAACAUGUAUAACAUAAAAAAAUUAAAGAAUAAGUGUUUCAACAAUUAAAGAAUAGGUUUUUUAAUAGCAUCUAUAAGAUUUGUGAUAGUAUAUAUAAUGAAAAAGCUAACAUCUUUUUUUUAUUGGUAUUAUCAGAGUUAAUAUUAAAAGCUGUUUAAGACAUUUAAUGAAGAAUUAAUAACAAUGAUAGCAGUGUUCCUAACAUUAACCCUCUCUCUCUCUCUCUCUCUCUCUUUCGUGUUUAGCUGGGAACAGCCAUCGGUUUUCUCUUGCCUCCAGUUUUGGUUCCUAUGACUCCAGAUGAUAUUAAACUGAUGGGUCACAACAUCAGUGUCAUGUUUUAUGGAACAGCUGUCGUCUCUACGGUCCUCUUCCUUCUCACAGUCAUAGGUAAACACACACACGCACACAAACACACUAACUUCUCACACUGUGGCGUGAAGCAGCGUUCACCUCCAUCUGGUGCAGGAGCUCUGGGAUUCACGGUUUAGUUGGUCGAGAUGACAGCAGAUGUACCUCAGUGUGUUUUCUCUCCUUUUGAAGGUCUGAUUUUCUCACAGGGUGGAAAUAUUCCAGAAAUCUUCAAACCCAGAAACUUAAGUCUCCUCUUAUUAAGAUUAGUGUAGGGGUGGGUUCGGGUUAAGUCAAGACCCCGGGUAAUAAGUCAGGGGUUUAUUAUUUGAAGGUAUGUAUGGUAUUCUAGAGAGCAGACAGAGCUGUGUUAUUGUCGAGUGGAGAAGUUGAAAUAGCUGAGCUUAUGUUAAACUGAGGUAACAACCAUUUGAAAACAUGAUAGAGUUAAAUUGACUUAAGAGAUUAAAUGACUGAAGAGUUAUAGGUACUAAACCACAGAGUAAAAAAGGGCCAGAUGUAGCUUUCCAUGUACAACAAUAUGAGUAUUCAUCGUCUAUUCGUGUGCUUAGUCUUUCAUCCAGGCUUUGUUUGUAGGGAGACAAACAGGAGUCCUUCUGUUCACACGUGGUGAAACUUUUGUUUGUUUCUGUGUGUUUUUUAGUCAUUAAGGACCGCCCUCACCUCCCUCCCAGCCAUGCACAGGCUGUCCUACCGGACUGUCCUCCUGAGGAUUACUCCUACCGACAGUCCAUCUUCAACCUCGCCAAGAAUAAAGCAUUUGUCCUUCUUCUCAUCAGUUAUGGUGAGGCUAAAAUGUUCCUUGAUAACACUGAAGUUUAACUUAGCUUUGAGAUCAGGCAGUGUUACAUGGGCUUUACAUAGAAUAGCUCACUUUUGGAACCAGCCUCAAGUGGCCAUUCAAGAAACUGCAGCUUUUUAAACUUUUGUUUUGGCAACCAAUUCUAUAAUUCAAUUCUAGAAUAAUACAAUCCAAAUGAAGACUGCCUGGUGUUUUUGUUAACUUUAAGUGACAUUAUUUCCACAGUAAACCUUGUUCUUGCUCUGCAGUAUUUUGCUCACAGUCAGGGUUACAGCUUUAAUGUUUUCAGGGCCUUUCUCACUUUAACCCUCAGUAGAGUCAUCAAUGGAUUGUAGAAAAGCUGGAACUAAAGUAACUUUUUGUCUGUCUGCAGGUAUAAUGACCGGUUCCUUCUACUCAGUCUCAACUCUUCUAAACCAGAUGAUCAUGACCUGCUAUGAGGUAAACCACACAGACACACAGACAGCUGAGAGGAAAUGUGACCUGCUGGUGAUGAUUAUGACAUUUAAAGGGCUUGUGUGCCCCAGUUUAUGGGUUAGCAGAGAGAUUAUCUAUUACUGAACAUGUACUCACACCAAAGUGCUGCUUGGGUACAGGACUUCCGGUAUGGUGUAUUGGACUGAUUGCAUGCAACUACUUGAGUAAUUUUUGUGCAUAACUUGCUUAUUGCUCAAAGUUUAAAAAAUAAAUUGAAAUAUAAAAAAAAAAACCUUGGAAAUCCAUAAAAUCCACACAGCUGGGAGAUGGAACCAGAGCACACAGAUCAUGCGUUUCCAAUUAUGACAGCCGGAACAUCACAUGACAAGCAAGAAGUAGAAGAUCCACCACUGACAUUAAGGUCUCCAGAGUGGAAACACUACAGUGUCCCUGUGAUAUAUAACAGUGGACAAAGACAACUGGAUAACACCAAAGCAGUUUGACGGCACUGUUCGGCAAUAACCUUGGAUUUUGCUGACAACACCCCCAAUUGUCAACACAUUUGAAGCAGCGCCACACAGACGUAAACCUAACUGCUUACAGGAAAAAGACUCUGCUGUUCAAACGCAGCUGCUUCUGAUAUUUAAACAGCCUUUACCUGGUAAUUCAGAGCUAAAGCACCAGACAGUAACAGACACUGUCAGGGUUUUUAUGUUUCCCUAUUACCAUACUGUCAGGAAUUACUGUCCAGACUGUAACUUAAAAACUGAGGAACAUACCAAACCAGGGUUUUUGUGUACCGGUACACACCUACUGAGCUGACAUCUCUCUUCUCUCCCUUAUGUCAUUUCCUUUCCUCCUAUCCUCUCUCCUUUUAUCCUCCUCUCUUCUCUUCCUCAUGUCCUUUCCUCUCCUCCUCUCUUCUCUCCCCACCCCUCCUCUCCUUCCCUCCUCAGAAUCAGGAGUUGAAUGCUGGGAGGAUUGGUCUCACUCUGGUUGUUGCUGGAAUGGUCGGCUCCAUACUCUGUGGCUUGUGGCUGGACCACACAAAGACCUACAAGUAGGCAACACCACCACACACAUUGUCACACAAACAUACACAUACACACACAAACAUAAUAUGACACAAGAUUUGUGCCAGUUGCAUACUCAACUCAACUAAUGUAAGCAUACUCUUGACAGUGCGCCCGAGUUACGCUCCAGAGGUUACAGACACUUUCAUUUUGCUCAAUGACUUUGUGUGUCAAAAAGGUGUAUGUGAAAUGCAAACACAAGAGUGGAACUCAUGUUGUGUUCACACCAAGUGCAAAUAAAAUCAUUUACUUGCUCCAUAUGUGUGUAUCUGGACAUGUGAACAACGUGUACUCACUUAAUUAGCGUGAAUGACUCACCUAAUUGGCUUGUUUGUACACAGUUUGUAGAGCGUCCAAUCACAGAUGAGGUUAAAGAGAGGAGAUAUAGAGAAGAGAGGUUCCUGCAAGUCAGGUCAGUCUGUUUCCGUAGACCAUAGCAGAGGUUGAGACUUGUUGAGUUUAAAUAACAUAGCAGAUAAUCAGACUUCUUCAGACUUUUUCCUCCAGCUGAGUUUUUUUUUUAUUCUUGUCUCAGAGUCACAGAUGAGUUUUAUCCUCCGGCUCAGGUUGUCUCAUACUGUCAUGAUUUUUAAUCCUCCAUUUUUUUCGUGAUUGAAUCUCUGCUGGUCUGUUGUUGACAUACGUCACUGGGAUACCUCCAUGCUGAUUGGUUGAGUUCAGAUUCGGGUUGCCGGGAUAGAAUGCCUGUGUAUAGCAUCUUUGCAUCGACUUGACUUGCCAAAAUGAUUUUAUUUGCAUUGGUUAUGAACAUAAAAUGAGGCAAUGAUCACACAAGCGUAUGUUUGUGCGUUGUAUGUGUACCUGGCACAUAUCCUGAGCCAUAUACAUACACACAUUUGCACACAAACACUCACUCAUCAUAUUUUUACUUAAUGUAAGUUGAUUCAGUAAAAUUAACUAACUUUUCAGGGUUGUGCUCAGAGUGGCACUCUGAUUUAAGGUGAAAUAAAAGCAUCUCUGCCUCUGACUCUCUGCUGCCUUAGGAUCACCACACUGAUCGUUUACAUCCUGUCUUUUCUGGGGAUGGUGGUUUUCACCUUCACUCUGGACCUGAACAACAUCUACCUGGUCUUCUUCACUGCUGGAGUCUUGGGGUAAGCAAAGCAACACUCACUGGACUCUUUCCCCUGUUACACCAUAGAUUCCCAAUGUCAUGAGACUCAACAAGGAGACGAAGAAAAUAUGUAAUUAUUAAAAAAAGUCAAGGGAAAAUAACAAAAAAGUAAUAAUAGAUGAUGUAUCUAAGAUACAUUUAUACGGACAGAGAUGGUGGAGUAAAAAAACUCAAUGUGAUAAAAGCAUAUCAGUCUGAGUCUGGUAUCACUCAUUUGAUCCAUGUUAAACUCUGCACUGCUGUGACUUACCUGUCUGUCGUCUGAUCCUCAGGUUCUUCAUGACGGGUUACCUUCCUCUGGGCUUUGAGUUCGGUGUGGAGAUCACCUAUCCGGAGUCUGAGGGAACCUCGUCUGGACUCCUCAAUGCUUUCGCUCAGGUAAUAAAUAAUAAAUGCGUUAAACCAUGUUAGAGCAUUAAGCUGAAUUUUUUAGUGUCAGUUUAUAAUAAUAAUUUUGAUUUUAAAUACGACUUUUUAUUUUAUUACAAUUUUCAUAAAACUAAUCUAUUUCUUUUUAUUCUUCAAGAUAUUCACUUAGUGCAGUUUUCUGUGUGAUGUUUCCCUGUAACCACAUUAUAAUAUGUGUGUGUGUGUGUGUGUGUGUGUGUGUGUGUGUGUGUGUUGAUGCAGAUAUUUGGGAUCAUCUUCACUCUAAUUCAGGGCAAAAUGACCACCGAUCACGGUCCGCUAAUUGGAAAUCUCUUCCUCUGCGCCUGGAUCUUCCUGGGAAUCCUGCUCACUGGUAGGCUGUGUGUGUGCGUGUGUGCGUGCAUGCGUGCGUGUGGGCGUGUGAGAAAGUGUGGGAGUGGGAAUCUCUUUCUGGAUGUAUUCCAAAUAUUUAAUGGGUUUCUUUGUUUUUUGUUUCAGCUUUAAUAAAGUCGGAGCUGAAAAGACACAAUGUUAACAUCAGAGCAAACGGCAACCUGCAGGCAGUGAGUGCACACACACACUCACACAAAUACCCACAUACACACAGACACACAAACACACGCAUAACAGAUGCUUGUCUCGACUCGGGUAAGACGUAUGUAAGUCUUUGCCAACCCCAACUCAUAGACCCCACCCCUCACUGUGGAGGCUGCAGUGGCAGAAAAAUCUGCCCAUCCCUUUUAGAUUGAUUCACCUCUUCUUUUGUCAGGAUCGGCCUUUACAGAGGACACAGUCAGUCCAAGUCUUUGUUCAGUUUUUCCUCCUGCUGGCGUCUCAUACAGUUUCACCUUUUCCCAAACAGUGGCUUCUUUUCAGGCUGGACGUUAAAUCUUGAGUGUCCUGGCAGAAUUAUUCUCGUCUCCACAAACAUGGCUGUAAACUCUUUUCUUUUUUUUUUUUUACUUGACCUUACCACCAGUUGAUUAUGUCUGACGAGUCUUAAAGCCUCCCAACAAAUCAGCCCUCAGACAAGCAGAUCAUUCACCCUGCAGCUGGACUUUUCUGUCUGAUCUACCUUUUUUUCUGAUCUGGGGGGUCUGAGGCUCUUGUUGUGGAAGAUCCAGCAUAAACUUAGUGAAACAAUGCACAGGAGACAGGAUGACAUCUGAAGAACAGCCUGGGCGUCUUUUAUUGUACAGAUGUAGAAAUCAGAUAACAAACUGAGUCUUGACCAAACCCGAGGAAAACCUCUUAAAGCUUUUCUUCUACUCCCUUUUAUACUGUCUGGUGUGUAUCUGAAUACAGUCAUUGUGUACUGCUUGUACCUCUGAUAUGUGCGUGGGUGUGUGUGUGUGUUUGUGGGUAGGUGCACGAGUCUUCCGUCAUCAUGGGUACAUCAUAUCUAUCCUUCAGGAGGCUACCCAUGAUGACGUGUUGUACUGUUCUGAAACUCAACACUUUGUUUAGAUUAGUCUUAACUCUCCCAGAGAUUAGCUCUAAAUGUUCUAACAGACAGAUAGUUUUGGUCCCUGCAAAACAGCCUUGCUUGCAACACAAGUAGGCCAACCCAUAUAACUUUUAACACCUUAAUAAAAGAUAAUCACUCUAUAUUUCUUAACCUAAAUGUAUGAAAAGAUUCUACUACACUCCUAACCACUUAGUACAGAUUACUACUUUUCCUACCAUUUGGCGCCCUCUGGUGCUGAGAAGAAUGACACCUAGAAAUAUGCACUAAGGGAGAAGAAUUUUUUUCAUUGAGGGCUUUUGUCUUUCAUUUUCUUCCUAAUAAUUAAAACUGGAAUAGGAAAAGAACUUCACAUACUAACAUUUUAUGUGUUUUUAUUAUGAUUCUUUAAUUUCAUUUAUUUUUUUCUCAGACAGCGUUUUAUGUUCUAUGUUUGAACUUAUUUUACCACACUGUCACUUUGCUUAACUUGAUUGUUUUUUUUUUUAAGGUGCUAUAUUAAUAAAGUGGAUUGGACAGGAUUGGAGAGUUGUACAGACCAAACAUGUAAUAGCAGGUUUUUGUAUAUUUGGGAAAAACAGUUAAUAUAGAUGACAAAUGCAGAAGAAAUACAACCCUCCAUAAUGACAUCCAUCACUCAUUGGCAAUAAUUGAAUUUCUCUGUAAAGUAAUGUACAGUGUGACACAAAAUUAAAGCUGUAAUUGGCCAAAAAAAAAAAAGUUUCUCCAUUUAAAGUCUUUCUGACGUGUCUGUGUUGCUUGAGUAAUUGUCUUCCUUUGUCUUUCUCAAAGCUUCCUUCUGAGUGCCCUGGAGACGACCCUUCAGAGAAAACCAACGGACUGAAACUGGAGCCCUCGGUCAGCUUCUCCCGUGAAACCUCACUGUGA